AACAAGACAUUUCUUUUAAAAGACAAAAAAAACUAAUUCGAAAAUUUUGGACUAUUUAUAUUUAUAUGUGAUAGCUUCCCGUAGCGUGCGGAAAAAGAAAAUAGAAAGUUAGAAAAAAAGAUUCGCCGGAUAAAAUCAUUUCAACAUGGCUGAUGACUGGGGAGCCAUUGUAGAUGAACAGGAAAAAAACUUAUCUCAAAAGGUUGGAGGUUUGAAUAUUGCAGCUGGUACAUCAGCCAGUAGUGGGGACAAGGCAGCCAGUAGCAGUGAAAAGGCAGGAGGUAGCACAACCGUGACACAGCCCUCUGAUUCCCAGGGAGCAUCAUCAGCUAGUGGCGGGGCUGGGGCGGGUGCGGGAGAUUCAGCUUCACCAAAGAAGGAAACUGGAGCUGCAGGAGAGGAUGAAGCAGAAGCCUCUAAAGAAGACGAGUCUUUGUUAAGAAAACUUCUUCAUUCGAAACUUGUAUCAACAAAAGCAGAUUUGGAAGUGUUGCAGAAGGAUCCCAACUCUCCUUUAUAUUCAGUGAAAUCAUUCGAAGCCUUGAACUUAAAACCUGAAUUGCUGAAAGGAGUGUAUGAAAUGGGAUUUAAUGCUCCAUCAAAAAUACAGGAGACUGCACUACCAACAUUACUUGCAGAUCCACCUACCAAUAUGAUAGCACAGAGCCAGAGUGGUACUGGCAAGACAGCAGCCUUUGUACUGACCAUGUUGAGCAGAGUGAAUCCAAACCUACCACAUACACAGUGUCUGUGCUUGGCACCAACAUAUGAAUUAGCUCUGCAGAUAGGGGGUGUUACAGAGAAGAUGGCCAAAAACAUGCCAAAUACUAAAAUUGGAUAUGCUGUGAAGGGAGAAAGAAUUGCAAGAGGCCAGAAGAGUUCAGAUCACAUAUUGAUAGGGACACCAGGAACUGUACUAGACUGGUGUACCAAGUAUAAGAGUGUUGACCCUCGUAAGUUGGCAGUAUUUGUCUUGGAUGAGGCAGAUGUUAUGAUUGCAACACAAGGGCAUCAAGAUCAAAGUAUUCGUAUACAGAGACAGUUGUCAAAGACUUGUCAGAUGUUAUUGUUCUCAGCCACCUACGAUGAAGAAGUUAUGAAAUUUGCACAAGCAGUUAUACCAAAUAAUCCAGUUGUGAUAAAGUUACGGAGGGAUGAAGAGAGUUUAGACAAUAUCAGACAAUUUUAUGUACAGUGUCGAGAUCAGGAAGAUAAAUUUCAGGCUCUCUCAAAUAUAUAUGGAGCAAUAUCUAUAGGACAGUCUAUGAUCUUCUGUGCUACUCGGAGAACAGCUCACUGGUUAUCAGAAAAGAUGACAAAGGACGGCCAUGCUGUAGCGUUAUUAUCUGGUGACCUUGACAUUGCACAGAGGGCAGCCAUAAUAAACAGGUUUAGGGACGGCAAGGAGAAAGUUUUAAUCACGACAAAUGUUUCUGCUAGAGGUAUUGAUGUUGAGAUGGUAACUGUGGUAGUGAACUUUGACCUGCCAAUUCUGCAGGAGACCAAACAGGCUGACUGUGAAACCUACCUUCACAGAAUAGGUCGAACAGGAAGGUUCGGGAAGGCAGGUCUAGCGAUCAACAUGAUUGACUCAAACAAAUCCCUCCAAGUCAUGAAAGCAAUAGAGAGACAUUUCAAUCGCACAAUUCACAAGUUAGAUGCAGACGACAUCGAAGAAAUAGAAAAAAUCAGUACUUGAAAGACUCAGCAAUCAGAUGAAUGUGAUGAAACAUUUCUCAGAUAUACAGUGUGUUCAUUGUUAUAUCACAGCAGAUAUAUCCCAUUGCUUACUGCCAAAAUAGCGGCAAGACAUUUAAAAUUGCCGAAAAGAUGACAGACAAUUUUUAAUUGCGGAAAUAGUGAAUAAAACAUUUUUGAAUUGCCGAGAUAAUGGAAAAGCAUUUUUAAUUGCCUAAAUAGUGGAAAUAAAUAUUUUAUUUUCUAAAAUAAUGGCAAAAUGCCUUCAGAAAAUACACAUUUUGAUAGAAGUUUGUUUGAUACUACAGUCUAAAAGAGAGCUGGACUGUAUCUAUGAACGCUUUUAUUAAGAAACUUGAAGAUGGAUUGUCAGAAAGUGCUGUUUUAUUUAUUUUUUAGUUACUACUACUAGUAUUGGCAUGUUCAGGUUGUUUUUUAAACUGAAUCCUUUGUACAUAUAAGAAAUAUAUGUAGCAUACAUGUGAGAUAUACGUGUAGUAUUGAUCGUUAAAAGUUAUUCAUUUUGAAUAAAAAGUUUGGAUGGAACUUCAGUAGGUCUGACAUUUAGAAAUAAUGGAAGAAAUUGAAAACUGUUGGCUAAGUAGGAUCCUGGUUUUUACAGUCGUUGCUGAACAGUCUUUUGCAUUUUUGCUUAACACAAUGUCAGGUUCUGUGACUUUUGUCAUUCACAGAAUUUACAUCUGUUUAAACCAUAGGCCAUUUUUAUACAGAACACAUAAUUGUGUAAUAACAAGUUUUAAAAUCCUUCAUUUUUACCGCAUAAAUGCGAAUGAGUAGUUUUCAUGCAAAUAUGCAAUAUGUAUCAAAAUAGGAAAGUUGAGAAAUAAAGAUGUAUUAAAGUGUUAAAGGGGAUCAGUCUCAUUUUAGAAUUUUUUUUGUAUAUUCUGUUGCGGUAUUUAAGGACUGAAAGGGUCUAUUAACUUGAGUUACAUAGUUUUAUUCAUUCCUUAGCAAAGUAUGUUUAUCAAAUUGAUACUUAAGCUAAAAAAUGUCUACUAACAAUACAUAGUUGGCAACCAGGACAGACAAAUCAAGUUUUAAAAUUUCCACUGAAAAUCUAACAUGUGUUAAUCACUCGUUUAUCAUAAAAUAAGCAUACCAGUAAAUGUUCGACUAUAAAAAGUUCAGACAAAUCUAUUUACCGGUAUGAUCAAAUCUAACAAAUGACCGUAUAUAUGAUUAUAAUUAUGUGUACUUCUGUUACAGUGUGUAAUAAUAGUGCUCAGCUCAUAUUUGUAUAUAGAACACAUCUUGUAUUUGUACAUUACUUUGAUUAUUAUUUUACCGGUUUAGUACAUGUAUGUCUUGACUUUUAUUUUAAAAUAAAGAAUGAUGUAAGUUCUACUGUUUGGUUUCCCGCAGUUACAUAAUAUUGUUGAAAUAUCAAGGUAUAAGUAAGGAAUUUUGAAUGAUUGCACAAUCUAUAUGUAACUGAAGGAUUAUAUAUUAAGGAAAACCUAGUUGGAGUUUUGCCAAACAUGUUGAUGAAAUAGACUGGAAUCCAUGUCAAAAAUUACCAUAAAUUAGCUCAUUGAGCCAUGAAACCCGAAUAAGCUUAUGGUAUUCAAGCCAUUGAACCAUGAAACCCGCCUAUCUGCUUAAUACUAUAGAAUAAGCUGAUAUUUUAAUGUAAAGGAUUAGUGUAGGAUUCCAUGAUAUUUUAGAUGAAACUCCUGAAGUGUAAAAAUUUCAAAUUUCGUAGAAAAUACUUGCACAUUUAUAAAACACUUGCAUAUGACCGUAGUUCUUGGCCAGCAUCUAAUGAUGAUUAACAAGUGUGCAAAGUUUCAAAGCUGUAGCUCAUAUAGUUUUUGAGAAAAGUUGGACCUAAACAAAAAUCUUAAGCGAUGCCGACGAUCAAGUGACGACAAUACCUCAUAGAUUUUUUUCAAAAGUCAGAUGAGCUAAAAGUUUAUAUUAUCAAGCAGACACUUGUUCUCUUAUUCUACUUUUAGUGUUCUUGACCCCACUGGUUCUUUGCGUAAUCCAAACCUUGUUUUUCAUAUCAAUUUCUUCAAGUUAUUCAACUAGUGUUAUUCUGCGAGUUCUGCUGAAAAACUCCAGGGUAGGUGAGCUGUCACUCUAACAUAAAUUACUCCCACUUAUAAAGUAAAUGACAAAUGACAGCCUUUGAAAAGUUCUUUUUUGCUCAGUUCAUUCCACACAACCAUUAUAAGUCAGGAACCAGUGAACCCUAGCUCACAGAAGGGUUGGUAGUUCCGCUCUUAUAUUCAUGAGGAAUGUCAGGCUGCGUCAUUCCAUCCUUCCUUUCGUCCGUCACACUUCGUGUCCGGUCCAUAAGACUGCCAUCCAUGAAGAGAUAUUGAAAUAACUUUGCAUAAAUGUUCACUAUAAUGAGACGACCUGUUUUGCGCAAGACCCAGACCCCCACAUCUAAGCUCAAGGUCACACUUAAAGGUCAAAGGUACCCACCCGCUUAGCUCUGUAGGUAAGAGCGUUGGUCUACGGAUCGCGGGAUCGUGAGUUCGAUCCUCAAGCGGGGCGUAUGUUCUCCGUGACUAUGAUAAACGACAUUGUGUCUGAAAUCAUUAGUCCUCCACCUCUGAUUCAUGUGGGAAGUUGGCAGUUACUUGCUGAGAACAGGUUUGUACUGGUACAGAAUCCAGGAAUACUGGUUAGGUUAACUGCCCACCAAUACAUGACUGAAAUACUGUUGAAAAACUGUGUUAAACCCAAAACAAACAAACAAAGGUCAAAGGUUAACAGGGUCUGUUUUGUGUCCGGUCUAUAUCUCUGCCAUCCAUGAAGGGAUUUUGAAAUAACUGCAUAAAUGUUCACCAUAAUGAGACGACCUGUCAUGUAACUGCUUAUUCCUUAUUUGCUAAAAUUUAUUAAUGAUUUUCAACAUAUAUCAACAGCAAAAAUAUUUUUUUAUAUUGGUCCUUGACCUUCAGUAAACUUUAACCUUUAGCCUGCUGGCGGCAAGUGGUUCUGCCUUUGCGACCAGUGCAGACCAAGAUCAGCCUGCACAUCCAUGCAGGUUGAUCAUGGAUUACACACUAUUCCCUAUUCAGUCAGCAAAUUUUCAGUGAACACCCCUUGAAAUAAUAAAUGGUAUUGCCCAAAUUGAAUAAUAGACAAGUCCAUUUUAAAAAUUUAGUAGGUUAGAGGUUAUUUAACCCUUAGCCUGCUAGCGGCAGAUGAUUAUGCCUUUGCGACCAGUGCAGACCAAGAUCAGCCUGCACAUCCGUGCAGUCUGAUCAUGGUCUGCACUGUUCGCUAUUCAGUCAGUAAAUUUGCAGCAAACACCCCUUCAAAUAAUAAAUGGUAUUGCCCAAAUUGAAUGAUGGACCAGUCCAUUUUAGAAAUUUAGCAGGCUAAGGGUUAAACAGAUGUCUCAUGAGGACAAAGUCAUAUGAUGUUAAGUCGCAAAAAGCUUGAAAAUCCUCACAUGAUUCACAGUCAGAAUUUGACACAGAAACUCUUACAGAAAUGUGAACAAUAAGUAACUGAAAUGUAUGUCUCCAAACGGUUCCACUAGCAUGUUGGUUAACAUAAAAAAUACGAGGAAGGUAAUUGCUCUUUGACGAUUUAUUGAUGUUAUUUCAUUUUAUUGUGAUAAAAAUGGUCAAGAUCUGUAAGAAGAAACUUUUGUAGGAACAGAAUGAAACCAAACAAAAUGAAAGCAGACUGGUUAAAUAUUAUAGUUGAUUCAUGCCCAAAAAAAGUUUAUUUUUCAUAAUGAAUUCUGUCAAGGUAAGUGGACAGAUUUUCCAGUUUCAUGGUAACAUCCGCGCAGUCUGGUCAGGAUCCAUGCUGUUCGCUUUCAAAGCCGAUUGCAAUUAGAGAAACAGUGAACAGCAUGGAUCCUGACCAGAUUGCGUGAAUGCACAGGCUGGUCUGGAACCAUGCUGGUCGCAAAUGCACAAUGUUGGUUUUCUCAUGGCGUGGCUCAUUUAUAGAACUUCUACAUUGUACACUCAUUAACUGUAUCACAGUAAAAGGUACCAGAAAGAUAGAGCUGUUUAAUAUAAAAAAAAUAAUCCCAGUUCAGGCAUCUAUAAAAAAAAAUUUGGGGUUGGUGGGGACACUUAAAGUUGCCCUUGUCCGUCCGUCCUCUCCGAAUUUGUUGUUCAUAUCUCAGGAAGUAUUUGACCCAGAGUCAUCAUACCUCGCACGAUUGUUAUUCAGCAUGGGAAGUUGUGCACCAGGGGUUUUAAUUUGUAUCUCGCACAACCAGAUGGUUAUUAACUUAGUAAAAAAUAUGUGUAAAAAGGGCCAAAGUUUGUGUCGCAUGUGUCUCAAAAAGUAUUUGACCCACUGUUAUGAAACAUUACAGGAAUAUUAUUCAGCAUGUGGGGUUUUGGACCUGGGGUUUUGUUAGAGAUAUCACUCAACCAGACUUUGGUUAUGGCCCUCGACUUAGUCAAAAAUAUGCAUAUAAAGGCCUAAGAUUUGAUCUAGGGUCAUGAAACAUGAUAGAAAUGUUAUCCAGCAUGUGAAGUUGCACACCUGGCAGAUUUUUGUCAGUCAGACCAGAGUUGAGGUCCUUGAUUGUCCAAAAUAUGCAUAAAUGGGGUACAGGUUAUCUCAAGAAGUAUUUGACUUAGAUUCAUAUAACUUUAUGGGAUUGUUAUAUAGCAUGUGAAGUUGCACACCUGGUGUUCUGUUUGGGAUUUCAUUCAACCAGUCUGGAGUUAUGGUCCUUGACUUAGUUAAAAAUACACAUAAAGUGCUUAACAGUUUGUGUUUCAAACAUUCACCUAGAGUCAUGAAACCAUGUAGGAAUAUUAUCCAGCACAUGAAUUUGUGCCUCUGAGGUCAUUUUGCACGUCCAGAGUUACGGCCCUUGACUAAGUAAAAGAAAAUAAAACUUUGUGCCCCAUGUAUCUCAAAAAGUACUAGUCUAAGAGCUAGAGCCAUAAAACAUUAGAGGAUUAUUUUAUAGCAUGUGAAGUUAUGCACCUGGUUUUAUGGGGGGUUUCACUCAUCUAGACCAGAAUUAUGGUCCUUGACUUGGUUUGUGUCGCAAACAUCUUAAAAAAUAUUUCACACCAUGUACAGUGACAGAAGUGGGCCUGGGGUCACCUGUUUCCUAUGGAUACACAUUUAGUUAUUAAUUUACACUUUUUCAGUACUGUAACUGUUGCAGCUAAACCCAAACUUUGAACAUAUUUUUAUCAUCUUUAGAUGAGUAUGGUAAGCCAAGAACCAUAACUCAUGUGUAUUACUUAUUGUGGAGCAAAGAUAACCAUAGGCAAUGUUCUUGUUGUUUUUUUUUGAGCUUUAAAUCAAUUUCUUUGUAUGUUACAUUAAAAAGCAUUGAGGUGAAAAUGAAGUUUGGUGCUGUUUGAUGUGGUAUGGUCCAAUAGUUUUGUAUGUUACAUCACAGUCACUUUUAUAUUACAUGAAAAGACAAAUAUCUGUUAAAGUUUGAGAUUUAUAUGAUUUUGUCAUAUGAUUAAACUGAUAAAAGUGC